CCAACACAGUUUUCAUUACACCCAGUAAACUCACCUGCGGUAUUGAUGUUCUGGAGAUGUAUCUUUUGGACAAUUGCAGCCUAUCCUCACAGGAGAGUUUUGCAAAGUUCACUAGUGAAGUACCACACUUGCAGCCUAGAGACCAGGAGACUACGCUUGACAGGCCAGUUGUGGUCGCAAGUACUGCUGUGUAUCCAGAAACUCAGACCGUCAUUGAGGAGUUGGUCAUGGAAGAGGUCGUGAUGGUGGACGAGACUAGCACGGACGAGAGAGAAGCGACCGGACAUAGUUGUGUACCAGCUGUGUUUGACAGUCACUUCCACUUGGACCGUACGUGUCGGGUGAUCUUGGGACACGAUGAGGGACACACGGUAGAAGAUCUUAUUGAGUUUAGUGUGUCGGAGCAAGUCGCGUAUAAACCAGCGUUUCCAGUAAAAGUAGUGGGAGGGAUAAUCGUCUACAGCGAACCCAGGACGUAUCCAGACAAUGCCUUCAAUUUGCAAGGAACUUGGAGAGUCGCAGUAGGCGUGCAUCCGAAACACUAUCAUACCCUUACAUUGGAAAAAGCGAUGAAGCUCCAGCAGUUACUGGAUCACCCACAGGUUGUGGCGCUAGGAGAGUGUGAGUUGGACCGGACCAUAUCACCUACUGAAUGGCUGCAGCAGGAGGAAGUUUUCAUCAAGAUGCUGAGACUUACUAAGCCCACCCAACCACUUGUUCUACAUUUGCGAGGGCCAGCAGGGGAUGUAUAUGGUUCAGACGUUCACUGUCGUUGCAUGAUGUUGAUGGAGAAGCUUUGUAGCAGAGAUCAGCGCAUACAUGUCCAUUGCUUCAUGGGAACGACAGAUAUAGUGGAGUUUUGGCUAAAGAAGUUUCCAAAUGUAUAUUUUGGCAUUACAGCUGCCAUUAGAUAUUUCAACAACGAUCAGCUUACCGGGCUAAAAGCCUUUCCAAGAAGUAAACUGUUGUUGGAAACAGAUGUUCCGUAUUUUCCCUUGGGAACCUCUUUAGUCAGCACACCAGCCUACCUCGGAGAGACUGCAGCUUUUGUGGCAGUCCAUUUGGAUAUGAGACCGCCCGAUUUGUUACAGCUCACCUUAAACAACAGCCGGAGAUUGUACCUUAUCUAAGUGCGCUGUGAGUGAGCAGAGACUG